GUGCUGACAAGGGCUUCACACCGGCCAGGCCGAAGCCAAAGGUAUCCGCGGGAGGCGCCAAGAAGGCCAAUGGCUAUGAUGACGGGCCGCGGCCCCCGAGGGAGGCACCUCCGAGUGCGGCGCAAGGUCCGCGAACGCAGUCCAAGCCGCUUCCAGGCCCGCGGCAACCCAAAGGGCCGCCACCCACUUCGGUGCUGAGGCCGGCAGAGCCUGUGAAGCCGCCCAGCAGCAGGCCGCAGCCGCAGCAGACAAAUUGGACAGCUUCAGCGAAGGGGGGGAGCGUCUCGUGGAUCGCAGGUCUAGAUUCAAGCUCGGUGCUGGUGCAGCAGGGCUUUCCGGACUGCGGCCCGGUCGUCCUUCAUGACCCCGAGAUCCAGGAGGUGAUGAGCGAUUCUGCCAACAUCCUCUACGAGCUCGCGGAGGAUGCGCACGAGCAGAUGUCGCUCCACCAUGACACGGAUUGGACGCAGUUUCCAGAGGUGGGCGAGGCGCUGAAAGCGAUCGGAAUCGAGGAGCUGGCACUCUGCGUGGCUCUUUGUCCGGGUCGCGCCAAAUGGGGAGUUGGCGUCGCUGGGAAUCAGAAGAAGCGUAGCCAGGCGGCGAGGCUCUCCCUGUGCCUAGCAGUGGCAUCCGAGUGCUCAAGCAAUGAGUCGAUUUGCCAGAGUCGACCAUGCUGGGGAGAGUUCUACAGCAUGGCUGAGGCCGAGAUGGAGGCAUCGCAUACGGCAGGGCCCCGCCACCCGCCGAACGGCAAGGGCCGGCCAGGGCAACAGAAGGGUGCACGCCGUCCGAAGGCCCAGGAGCCAGUCGUCAGCGCUUACGACACGGAGGAGGAUCCGGCCGAUGAGGCCGAGGAGUCGCAGGAGUUUCCUGAGGAGGAAGAGGAGGCCGCCGUGGAGGAAGAGGAAGUGCCCGUUGAAGCGGAGGAGGAGCCUUGGGAGGAAGCCGAAAAUGAGGAGGUUGCCGAACCCGCCGAGCCUGUCGAGCCGGCGCCAAAGCGGCCAAGGACCACAGCCACUCCAGCCGCCGUUAGCAAAAGUUUGGCUCCGCACUGGCUGUACAUCCAGGACAUGCCGCCUUCCUUGCAGGGCCUCCCGCAAGAGACGCUGUCUUUGUUAGCGGGCAACUGGAAAAGGAAGCAGCUCCUAGAUGCCGCAGACAACGCCCUCUCCGCUACGCUGGGCGAGGAGGCGGACGAAGUCUACUUGGAGGAGGAUCCUGAGUGGACCAAAUUCUCCUCCGUCUCCGAUGCUUUCAAGGAGAAAAGUGGGGCAGAAGAGCACAUCACGGUGGCGAUCUCCCCCACGCAGGAGCUUUGGGCAGUGGGUGCCGGCUCGCAAGGAAAGCAGCGUUCUGCCGCUGCCAAGGUUGCCUUGGCAACGCAGGUGGCCUUGUACAAGGCCGAGUGUGGGGAGGAGCUGCCUGAUCUCUCCAAGCUGCCGGCCUUCGCAUCUUUUGUGGAGGAGGCGCAGAGUGCCAAAGAGUGA